AUGUCGCACGACCAUUCGCAUGAUAGCUGCGGUGGCGGGUCGCACGACCAUGAUCAUCAUCACGAUAUCCCAGAAGAUCAAGGUUACCGUGAUAACCUCUAUACUCGAAUUGAUCGGGCGAAUGUAGUGGCGCUGAAUGUCGAAGCCCCAGGAAAAGGCCCCGAGGUUAUAAAGCCCUGGAAUGAACGGCUUGACGAACAAAUUUACCUCGAGUCGGAUGCCGAUGAUCAGAUAAUAAUACGUGUUCCGUUCACCGGCUCCGUCAAGCUGCGCGCCGUCCUUCUCAAAGCCGGUCCGGGUGAUCAAACGCCAGCCAAUGUCGCCAUAUUUAGCAACAUUGAUCAUAUGGAUUUUUCCGACAUCUCCGACCGUAAACCGGUUCAAGAGUUUACCGUGGCGCAAGGUAGAGAGGUAGGAGAAUAUCAUGUCCUGCCCGCAAAAUUCCCAAAUGUUACAUCCCUAACACUCUUCUUCCCUGCGUCGCAAGGAGCUGAUACAACACGAAUAUAUUAUGUCGGCUUCCUGGGUCAGUUCACUGAGCGCAAAAAUGAGCCCGUCAUUACAGUUUACGAGGCACAAGCCAACCUUGCCGAUCACGAGAAAAUUCAAGGCAUGGACGGUAAUCUCAGCAUGCCACAGCCGUGA